AUGUCACAUAAGAUCUACCGCCUGAGCUCUGUCACGCCUUCCGAUGCUGUUGAAGCUGUUCCACCAUACACGCUUCGCACACUUCCUUUCACUCUCAUCUUCGGAUGUGAUCUCCUCACCAUCCACGUCGGCAAGGACGAGCGUACACGAACCUUCAGUAUCCACUCUGAGCUCCUCACUGCCCGGUCAACCUACUUCAAGGACUUGAUAUCCAACGAAGGUGACCAAAAGACAUUUGAUCUGCCUGAAAUCAACCCUCGCGCGUUUGCUCUAUACUUCCAGCUCAUCUAUACCGGUCGCAUUCCAAGUAAACCUAACGACGCAUCCGAUGCUGAACACGACGAGUACGCCCUUCUGUGCAAGCUAUACACUAUUGCCCACCUUGUCAAAGACGCUAAUGCCAAAGAUUCUGCCCUGGAUGCUAUUCUCGUCAAGGCUACUGAGAGCGCUGAGAUCCCAUCAAGCGAGCAUGUAUGGAUCGUCUACGCCGGCACUGAAGGGCCCUGCAAAGGUCGGAAGAUGAUGGUCGAGUUCUAUACCUACAAGGCUACUGGAGAAUGGAUGAGAGCACAAGGCGAGGACGCACAUGGACGAGGUUUUCCACCAGAGUUUUGGAGUGAGCUGGCAAUGAGCUUGGUGGACAAGAGGAGCCUGGCAAAUCGACGGAUGGCUGGCAUGGACGCAAAUGAAUACCACGGACAGUGA